GGCGCGGAUGAGUGGGUUUCAGAUGAAAGCGUUGGGGGCAGGGGGAGGCCAAGAAGGCGAGCGCGAAGCAUCCCGUGGAAGAGUUGGCGCCUUGGCAGAGUUGAGAUUGGCAGCGAAGUCGGGCGGGGGGAGAGGCCCGAGGUAACGGUGAGGGCGUGGUGGCAGAGGUCCUGGCGCACGGAAGCGUCGAGCGCGGACUGCCGGCGGGAGCACGAACAUCCGGGGAGCGCGACAAGGAGCAAGAGCAGCCUGGCGGCGAGACAACCGCGCGGGAGAACCACGGGCUCUCCUCGAGCUCUGGUGGCCGGGGCAGCCGGAGGCCUACGCCUAUAAACCAGAGCGACCGCCGACGCGGAGGUGGACAUGCGCUCGGCAGCACGGUUUACGGCACUCGGCAGCAUACGCUCUCUCGCGCCCGCCUGUAAGGUGUUCGGCAUAAUGCUGGCGAGGUUCAUCCGACUUGACCGCCCCCUCCCUGACGGGCGCGGGUUCGCCGCGGGCCUCUCCAUCCAACGCCGCUGGCACUCUAUGUGUUGGAGUGUGCUCAGCGGUGCUGCUGUUUAGUACUCGUUCGUGGAUGGCUCCGAUCCAGAGACCCGCUAGGCCUAACAUCCGAGUCUCUUAGUUAAUUAUUGGGCUGCAUAUUCAAAAAGACGGGGCAAUUCACCCAAAAGUCUUGAAGUAAUGGAGAAAGACGAGCACCUCCUUCGGCAGUAGUGGCUCUCGCAACAGCAAGCCUAUGAUCCUAUCAUGGUCGUCUCUCUUACUGUGAAACUGAAGCAAAUUGGAUUGCACGUGCAUCCACCAUUCGGAGGUCAUUCCGGGAGCUAUAUCGAUUGCUCCAUGCGUGCGUACAGUUCUGCUAAGAGAAGUGUGUCAUGGUUGGCUCGGGAGGCUAUCCGGAGUCAGGCUUGAAUUUAAGUCGUCGAUGGUGACAGAGAUAUUAGCCCUGCCCUGCUAGAUUGUGAGUGGCUAACUAUCAAGAGUACAAUACGCCUGCGAUGCCUCUCUUCUCCGACGCCAUGCAUGCAUGCAUGAAGCCCUCCUGAAGAAGCCCAUGCAUUUCCUCAUCCGACUAAUGCCAAACUAAAACUAAUAAUUUUGUGCUAGAGUAAAAACGGCUUGUCUGGUCAUCUCCAUGGCAACUACUAGAUCAAGCAUCGUUCGGAGUAGUAGCUAGGCACGGUCAAUGAACGUUGCAUGCAUAGUACUAGUACAACUUUGACUGCCGAUCCGGCCACUGUCAACGUUGUACUAUACAUACAACUUCACAUAAAGCAGUUCCCAAUGCCAAUCGGUCUUCCAGCCUAACUGACUCUACUCCUCCUCCUUCCGUGCGUGCAUGGACUCGAGGCGCACGUUUAACUCCGCCGCCGGUCUAUUUAUACAUCCUUCCGCCCUUCCCUUUCCUCCUACACAACGUAGCCGCUCUCUAGUCUCUACUCUCAUUCCUUGCCUUGGUCAGUUAAUUGAGGUUAGAGCUAAGUAAGUUUUUCUCCAUAUCGCGGCAAGAUCGGCGACAACUUUUGAGGCCAUGGCUUACUCUCAGAAGCGAGCUGCUGCUAUGGCGGCGAUCGUGUCCAUCUUGCUCUUCGUAGUAGCCGGAGUCGUCGCCGGCGAUCCUCCGCCAUCAUCAUCCUCCGCGGCGAAGGACGACAAGACGCCAGCAGCGCACGCCCGCAAGCUGCUCAUCAACACGACGGCAGCUGCUGCUGUGCAGGCGGUGGCGGCGGCGAAGAAGCGGCGGGGGUCGACGGCGCCGAGCGAGUGCUCCCAGGACGCCGUGGUGGUGUCGCAGGCCGAGGUGGUGCGGCGGCCGGGCGGCGUGCCGUGCUACAGCGUGACGAUCACCAACACCUGCCUGUCCUGCAGCGUGCGCAACCUCCACGUCUCCUGCGGCGAGUUCGGGUCCGCGAGGCUCGUCGACCCCAGCGACUUCCGGCGCCUGGCCGUCGGCGACUGCCUCGUCAGGGGCGGCGGCGCCGUGCGGCCCGGCGAGACCAUCACCUUCGAGUACUCCAACCAGUUCCAGUACGACCUCCACGUCGCCUCGGCCGCCUGCACCUGCGGCUAGCUGCUAGUUCGUUCUAGUUGGGACUUAUUGAGACGAUACUGGAUGUGGUGCCUGGCGAAUAAAUGAUCGGUGUGCUUUAUAAGGGUUAGGAUCUCAGUAUCAGUACCUCAUAAAUCAUGUCUAUCUUCUUCUGUUUAGUCGUACGUAAUGCUUCAAGGUCAUUGGA